AUGGAUUCAGUGAGUUUGAACAGGGUGGCGGAGUCCGAACCGGAUCCGAAUAAGGACGGGUCGGUGAUUUUUCAUCGGAGAAUUGAGUUUCAUUUGGCGAGGAAGUCAUUUAAUGGAUUCAGUAAUAGCAACAGUAAUGGAUUUAAGCUAGUGACUUUGAACCCGGGCUCUUCAAAUGGAUUUAGUUCGGAACCCCAGAUUGCGUCAUUGUCGGGCAAGAAGGCAGGCCGUUCGGAGCUUCUGGAUAAUGGUUUAGAUUCGGAGCUAAGCUUUGGAAUCACUUUCAGGAGAAUUGGUGCUGGCUUGCGUAAUCUUGGAAAUACUUGUUUCCUCAAUUCGGUAUUACAAUGUCUGACCUAUACUGAGCCAUUAGCAGCAUAUCUACAAAGCGGGAAGCACCAAACUUCUUGUCAUACUGCUGGAUUUUGUGCUCUUUGUGCCAUCCAGAAACACGUAAGUCGUGCUCUACAAUCAACCGGGAGAAUACUGGAGCCUAAAGAUCUUGUAUCAAACUUGCGUUGCAUAUCACGGAACUUCCGAAAUUCCAGACAAGAGGACGCUCAUGAAUACAUGGUGAAUUUGCUGGAAUCUAUGCACAAAUGCUGCCUUCCUUCAGGAGUGCCAAGUGAAUCACCUAAUGCUUAUGAGAAAAGUUUAGUCCACAAGAUAUUUGGUGGUUGCUUACGUAGUCAGGUUAAAUGCAUGCAGUGUUCUUAUUGUUCUGACAAAUUUGAUCCAUUCAUAGAUCUUAGUCUAGAAAUUAUGAAGGCAGACUCAUUAUGCAAGGCACUUGCUCAUUUCACGGCUAAAGAGCAGUUAGAUGGAGGUGCAAGGCAGUACCAGUGUGAGAAAUGCAAAGAGAAAGUUAAGGCUCUCAAGCAGCUAACUAUUUAUAAGGCACCCAAUGUCCUCGCGAUUCAUCUGAAGCGGUUUGGUUCACAUGUACAAGGGCAAAAAAUUGACAAGAAAAUUGAGUUUGGUCCUGCAUUGGACUUGAAGCCAUUUGUAACUGGUCCCUAUGAUGGGGAUCUGAAAUACACACUCUAUGGUGUUCUGGUUCAUGCUGGUUGGAGUACCCGUUCUGGCCACUACUAUUGCUUUGUUCGUACAUCAAGUGGCUUGUGGUAUUCUCUUGAUGAUAAUCAGGUUGUCCAAGUUAAUGAAAGGAAAGUUUUGCAGCAGAAGGCAUAUAUGUUAUUUUAUGUUAGGGAUAGGAGAAAUUUUGCUUCAAAGAAACCUGAUGUUAUCCAGAAAGAAAAUGUGGUCAUGAAUGCCUUGGGAAAAGUAGCAAUUUCGAAAAGUGUGGCACAUAGAGAUUUACUUAACACCAAUACACCGAAGAAGGCUCCAAUGAAGGAGAGCUCUUUUCUGAAAGUAGAUGGCUCGAUGGCUAUUGAGUGCUCAUCUCUUAAUAGGGAUCCUUUGUCAGAAUCUUUAUUGGCAGUUCCAUCAUCAAAGGAUUCAGUAAAGGGCCUUUUUGCUGUGAAUAAAACUGCUGGAAACCAUCUAGCACAUGCAGUUUCUUCAGCUGUCUACAAUAUGGGCAGCUGUCACCAGAAGGACUCGAAUGAAUCUAUUAUGGUACCGUCUGACUGUAAUGGACCCCAGGUUUCUAUUGAGAAGAAAGAAUUGAGUGAUUCUGCUGUCAUAACUUCCUCCUGCAAUCAGGACACCAGUGGCAAGGAAGAUCAGAGCAACCCAGUCAACAAGCCAUCAAAUAUCAGUGCAUUUGCACUAUCUGGAAAUGGGUGCAAUUCAAAUGACACUAAAUCUGAAAUGUGUGACAGCAAGGCUAUGUCCCUGGAAACACCUAAGGAAGCAUCAAACAAAAUUAGCUGUGUGAAGUCAUCGAAGCAAAUCAGCAUUAAGGAGAGUCAGGUUGGAGGUUCUCCUGGGAAGGGUUGCGAUUCAGUUGCUAAAGAAGCUCAUCAUAGUAGGCAGAGAACAAUAAACAUUGAAUCUGAAUCGUUGUAUGGGCUACCAGUCACCACUGAAUGCGUGUCGAUCAGGAAAGCAAAAAUGAAAAAGGUCGUACUCAAAAUGAAAAGCAGGCCCUUCAAGUGUCAGAUUUCCAAGAUGAAACUCAGCUCUAACAUCAUAUUUGGUGGGGCCUUAUGCCUGCAAAAAACGAAGCGCAAGAAGAGAAAGCAUCUCUCUGUACAGAAUAAGAAUGCCUGUCGAGAGCAUUUGUCGGAUGGGAAUAACCUAUCAUCAAAUCUUGUACCAUCCUCUUCUGACCAAUCAUUACUUGUAUCCUUUGGACAUUCUAAAAGGAAAGAAGCGGAUUGGGGCUCCGGUGAUAAGGAUAAAAAGUUGGGUGUGCAAAAUUUUACUGACAAAGUUAAAAUAUCAAGGGGUGUUAGUAAUGAUGAGUUUAUAGUGAGAGUUGAUCAGAAUGAAGCCGUGCUUUCAACUGACGAGCAACUGCAAAACGGUCUUCAAUCUACCUUGGAUGGGAAGCAAUCUACUGCCCAAGGAUCCAAUUGUUCAGUAGAUAACAGAACAAAAUCGACACCCAGUGGAAUAAUGAACAUGCUCACCAGAGGUUUAGAGGAGAUAACUGUUGCACGCUGGGACGACAUAGACAUUCCUCCAUCACGGAUGACAGAAUCAAGGGGACUGGAGACAGUAUGCAUUGGUUACAUUGGGGAUGAAUGGGAUGAAGAAUAUGACCGUGGGAAAAGGAAGAAGCUAAGGAGCUCCAAAAUAAACUUCGACGGGCCAAAUCUUUUCCAAGAAAUUGCAACAAAAAAUGCAAAAAGAAAGAAGGCAAAGCUCAACGGAAGUAGCUCUGGAAACCAGCCCUUUAGGAUUUGA